CAAUAUAAAUCGAAGUCUGCGGGAGGAAGUCGAGUAAGAUACAGCGGAGCGAUAAAGCGAAGAGGGAUGGCAUCGAAGUCGAUCGCUCACGAUGUGGCCGCAUACCAAGAUGCCCUUCGCUUCGGUUUGGACGGCGUCAAGGGAGAAAUCGUUGGAUCCCAUCCCCUGGAAUAUCUGCGGGAGACGGCUAGGAGGGACUUGGAGGAGAAGAAGCGGCUGAUUACGGAUCUCACUUACGGAUCUGCAUUCAGUUUGAAGAUGGACCUUGACAAGCAGAUCCUCUCAAGAUUUCAGAGGCCCCCUGGCAUGCUACCAUCCUCCAUGGUAGGUUUAGAAGCUCUCACUGGUGGCUUGGAAGAUUUUGGGUUUGAGGAUUACCUUAAUAUGCCUCAAGAUGCUGAGACAUUCCGCCCAGUCGACAUGCAUCACGCCAUGGAAGUUCACCUUGGCAUUUCUAAGGGUCCUGUUUGUCCGAGUUUUACGUGAAAGCUCUUAUUUGUUAUGUUAUCGUAGGCAGUUAAAAAACAUAAUUAGCCAUUGGAAAACAUUAUGGAUUAUGUUAGUCCGUGCCUUUAUGUUUGCUGGCGGUAUGAAUUGUUUGCGGAAAAAAAUUAAAAUUUAUCAAUUAUGAUUUUCAUUAUCUUUGUUUUA